GACCCGCGGUCAGCGGUGUGCGCCCGCCGCCGUGCUCCGGAGCCCGCCGCGACUCUCAGGAGCUGCGGGCAGGAAGAGCCGCAUAGCACACCCGAGGCGGCCGCGCCCACGGGCAGCCCCAGAACCUUCCUUCCCCUGCCUCGCCCGUUCGCCCUCGGCCCCGCCUCUCGACCCUCGGCCCCGCCCCUGGGAGCCGUUGGCGGCGGCGUGCCGGGCCCGGCCCCGCCUCCCUCCCUUCCGCGGCGUCCGGGCCUGGCCAGCGGUGGCAGCGCGGGGCUCUCUCGCCCUUCCUCUCUCGCUCUCCCUCGGGCGGGCGGCGCCUUUCAGCUCUCCCCGCACCUCGCACCCUCUCCCGGCCGUGACGGGCGGCGGCGGGCGGAGCGCUUCCCCGGCAGCCUCACGGCCCCGCUGCCCGUAGGCAGACAGGACUUCGGGCGGCCGGCCGGUCGGGCGCCCCCCCGGCUGUUUCCGGAGGAAGGAGAAGAGCAGCUGCCCCCUCCCCCCUCUCCGCCUUCCUCCCCGUUCUCCUCCUCCUCCUCCUCCUCCUCCUCCUCCUCUCCUCCUCCCUCCGGCCCCCCGAGCGGAGCGCGGAGUCACCGCGGCGCGUAGACGGGCCCGGCACUCGCACACACACAAUGGCGCUGAAACGCAUCAACAAGGAACUUAGUGACUUAGCCCGUGAUCCUCCAGCACAGUGUUCAGCAGGUCCCGUUGGAGAUGACAUGUUUCAUUGGCAAGCCACAAUUAUGGGACCUAACGACAGUCCAUAUCAGGGUGGUGUAUUCUUCUUGACAAUUCACUUUCCCACAGACUACCCAUUCAAACCACCUAAGGUUGCAUUUACAACAAGAAUCUAUCAUCCAAAUAUUAACAGUAAUGGCAGCAUUUGUCUUGAUAUUCUAAGAUCACAGUGGUCUCCUGCUUUAACUAUUUCUAAAGUUCUCUUAUCCAUUUGUUCACUGCUAUGUGAUCCAAAUCCAGAUGACCCACUAGUGCCAGAGAUUGCACGUAUCUAUAAAACAGACAGAGACAAGUACAACAGAAUAUCUCGGGAAUGGACUCAGAAGUAUGCCAUGUGAUGCUACCUUAAAGUCAGAAUAACCUGCAUUAUAGCUGGAAUAAACUUUAAAUUACUGUUCCUUUUUUGAUUUUCUUAUCCGGCUGCUCCCCUAUCAGACCUCAUCUUUUUUAUUUUUUUGUUUACCUCCUUCCAUUCAUGCACAUGCUCAUCUGAGAAGACUUUAGUUCUUCCAGCUUUGGACAAUAACUGCUUUUAGAAUCUGUAAAGUAGUUACACAAGAACAAUUGCCCAAGAUUCAGAUUUUUUUUUUAAUGGAGCAUGUGUAUUAUGUGGCCAAUGUCUUCAUUCUAACUUGGUUAUGAGAUUAAAAACAAACAAACAUUCCUCACUGCUCUAACAGAUCCUGAAGAUACCACCUGAAGGGGGGAGGGGAGAUGGAUGUUCAGUUUUCUCCCAUCAAAGAAGUAACAUUGCUGUAGCAACAUCCAUCUUGUUCCAAACUUUCCAGUGUUAGAGAACUGAGGUUUUAUUAUAUACUUUUGCUCAUAACUGAUGUGUCUGGAGAAUUGGUACUGAAUCUAUAGCAUCAGCAGAACAGAAAAUGUGAUGUAUCUUAUGCAUGUCAAUAAAGGAAUGACCAGUUCUUGUUUUACAGAGAAUGGAAAUUGGAAGUCGAACAUCCCUUGUAUUCCAAAAUAGGGUUUAAGAACAUUUUUGUAAUUCAUUUAAAUUUUGUUAGGAGGCUAGGAGCUAUUAGUUAAUCUGUCUUCCAAAACACUGUUUAAUAUAGCACUGAAUAAAUGAUGCAAGUUGUCAAUGGAUGAGUGAUCAACUAAUAGCUCUACUAGUAAUUGAUUUAUUUUCUUCAAUAAAGUUGCAUAAACCAAUGAGUUAGCUGCCUGGAUUAAUCAAUAUGGGAAACAAAAUCUUUUGUAAAAGCAAAGCUGGUUUUUGUAUAUACUGUUGGCAUUUGCCUCGUUGUUUAACAUCAAAUAAUGAUGUAAAGUUCAAUAGAAUGACUCUUCUGCCGUUUUCAGUUCUAAUGCUCAGUCUGUUGCAGGUUGGCACAUUGCUCGGCCUGGUGGAUGCAGAAUUAAUAAGCUAACAUAGUCGUGUAGCCGUAGUAGGGGGCUGCACUUGGUGCUGGGAGCCCAGCGUUCAAGAAUGGACUUGGGACCCAGCAGAUCUGAAGUGGUGUAUUGUGGAGAUACUUCCUGAUGCACCUGUGUUUGCUGACUGAGAACCUUUUUUUUCACCUUGUACACUUGACAACUGAAAGAUCUUAAUGUGGGGGUAAUGAUGAGGCAAAAAAUUAUAAAAUAAAAGUACUGUUUUGAUGUGGGAAUUGUCAUGAGGCUGUGUUGAAGUGACUUUACUAUGUGGGAUGUUCGUUACCAUUGAAAAGGACUUGUUCAGCCAUGCUGCCAUUUACAUUGAUGACUAUUUUAAUGCAACAGACACUUUCUUCAUGUCAGGUGACUUAACGUGAAUAAAGACUCAUUGCUAUUGGAUUUUUGUUCUACAAGAACCAUUGUCUUGUGCCAUUAGUUUAUCUUUCAGCAACAAGGGCAUUAUUAAACAUCCAACUCUUUCCUCCCCUCUUCCUUCAUAUUUUUCCUUGUUUAAUCUUUUUGGUCUCCAUUCUUAAUAUCCAUAGCUUCAUUUUCUCUAGUCCUGUACUAUCACUUAAUUGUGCAUCUGUGACUUCUCACUGGCACCACUUUUGCACUGCUUAUAGUUAUGUACAUUCUGAUUCUUUGUCCCCACAUGGAUGUGGAAAGCUAGAUGUAAAAUAAAUGUUAAACCUUAAUUUUUAUAAAAAUUUGAA